AUGUGUGGAAUAAGUGCGUUUCUGAGCCACACUGGAGAGGCUAGCUCAAAUGAGCAUUUCGAAGCCCAAGCCCAGCAUGUGGCAGCUGAAUUGGAGAACAGUCUGAAUAUUGUUAGCCAUCGUGGACCAGAUGCUCGCGGGCGUUGGUUUAGUGACGAUUACCAAGUUGGCCUUGGUCAUGUUCGAUUGUCGAUAAUGGAUCUCAGUCCCAGUGGAAACCAGCCGUUUCAUGACGAAACCAACAGCAUUCAUGCCGUUGUGAAUGGUGAACUGUAUGACCACGAGCAUUAUCGUGCCCAGUUAGCGAGUGAAUUCCAGUUUGCGGGAACCAGUGACUGCGAAAUCGUCAUUGCAUUGUAUAAACAUUAUGGCCUCUCUUUUCUAUCUCAUCUGAGGGGGGAGUUUGCUUUUGUGAUCUGGGAUGCGAGCCGCGAGUUACUCAUAGCAGCUAGAGACCGAUAUGGAAUCAAAUCACUGUAUUAUACAGUGUUCCAGGGCAAGUUAUUGGUGGCAACGGAGAUCAAGUCUUUCUUGGCAUUUGGAGUACAACCGGAAUGGUGUGUUCGAACAUUGCGAGACCAGAGCUGGAGAGUUGAAUCGCGCACUUUCUUUAAAGGCAUACACAGGGUUCUCCCGGGACACUAUCUGAUAUGUCGGCGGAACGAGAAAGAAGAGCAAAAGUCAUACUGGGAUCUUGAGUACCCCGAUAAAAUUUCCCAUGAGAUGCGAUCGGAAGAGGAAAUGGUGCAAGGGGUGAGGGAGCGUCUUCUGGAGGCUGUGAGAAUCCGACUGAAAGCGGAUGUUCCAGUAGCUAUCUACCUCAGUGGCGGAAUAGAUUCAUCAUCAGUUGCUGGAAUGGUGGCCGAGCUCAUUAAACAGGGGACAAAGUUAGGUAGCGAGCCUAAAUCGGACCUGUCGAACAUGAAAUGCUUCACCGUGCAGUUCGACGAAGAUAGCGGGGCAGAUGAGUCGGAAAUUGCGCGACGCACAGCGGAAUGGCUGGGUGUUGAUAUCCAUUUCGUUAAAAUGGACGAAGAGGCACUGGUAUCACGCUUUGAGGACGCUGUUUGGCACAGUGAAAUUCCUCUCCCCGAUCUCAACGGUAUGGGACGAUUGGCACUGGCAGAAGCCGUACACGCUCAGGGUAUUAAGGUUGUGGUCACUGGAGAGGGCUCUGAUGAGCAUUUUGCGGGCUACCUUGCGUUCCGGGCCGAUUCUCUUAGCGAGCCCGACCAUGCAUGGCCAGCGCUACAGAUCGCCGAUACCGAGCGUGAGGAAGCAUUGCGUACGGCUAUAGACCAAGUCACAUACGGGAUCUUCGGCGAUUAUACUGGGACUGUUCCAAGUGCGACGAGGCGUAUGCUGAAUCAUAGCCAUGUCACCAGCUCUAUCGCAAGAGUUGGCAGUCUGCCAUUCUCAGAAUGGACGAACUCUUACGGGGAUGAUAUACCGGAGACGAGUCUCAUUGAGGGGUUCGAUGGGCGUGUCCGCGACAAUAUAAAAAACCGGUGGCACCCCCUUCAUACCGCUCAAUACCUAUUCACCAAGUCCUUUUUGCCUCAUUUUAUCCUGCGGUAUAAUGGGGACAAUAUUGACAUGGUCAAUCAAGUCGAAAGUCGUUGUCCCUUCCUUGACCAUCAUCUGACGGAAUAUGUUAACAAUGUGCCACCCAGUCUCAAAAUGAAGUACAACGCGAGGGAAAAGUCCUUUCGGGAAAAGCAUAUUCUCCGAGAGGCUGUGAGACCUUAUGUUACCGACGAGGUUUACAAUAUCAGCAAGAAAGCCUACAUGGGUCCAAGAAAGUUCUGGCCAGGUGGACCAUUACACCGAAAAAUCAAGCACCUCGUCACAAGGGAAAAUGUGGAAAGCCUGGGAUUUCUAGACUGGAAUGCUACAGAAGAAGCCGUGGAAAACGCUUUUAGCAAGCAGGAACCUUUGGCACUCCGCCGCGCGAUUACCGUGGCCCAGUUUAUUGUUCUCGGGCAGCGCUUUGGAAUCAAGCCAGCUGGUGCCCUGCCGAAUUGAGGGUAUCACAUAUAUGUAGCACCUUGUUC